GACAAUAGUAGUAGUUCUGCUAGGAAAGGAAGCUAAAAGUCACGCCUGUGCUUUGAUUCCUUUCUGCUAGGAUUGUCAAAAUGCUGCUUCCGGUCAGCAGCCGCACUCGGAUCAAGCGCAGUGGCAUCAGCCCUUUGCAUUUGGCAGCUGAGUGCAACCGCGACGAUGUCUUGGAAGAGCUGAUCGAUGCCGGCUUUGACGUGAACUCCACCCUCUCUGAUGAGCGCGCCCGCCUCUAUGAGGAUCGGCGCACCUCUGUUCUCUACUUUGCUGUUGUUAACAACAAUGUCUAUGCUACUGAGCUGCUGCUUGAGGCUGGGGCAAAUCCCAAUGUUGACCUCAUCAGCCCACUGCUCAUUUCCAUCCGCCAUGGCUGUGUGAAGACAAUGAAGCUGCUUCUGGAUUAUGGUGCCGAUAUAAAUCCUUAUAUUUCUUCCCACCCUACUACUUUCCCUGCUACCGUCAUGUUCUCUAUGAAGUACCUUGCUCUGCUGAAAUUCCUGAUGGAUAUGGGCUGUGACGCCUACUCCUGUUUCCAGUGUCAGUAUGGGUGUGGCCUCCAUCCUGCCAUAGAAGUUAGGAGGGACAGGUAUAAUGAUCCCCUGGUGGAGAAACAGCCAAAUCCCGUACAGGUAUGCAUAUUUGUUGGAGAAAUGUGUGCAGCAUAGUGGUUGUACAGUCUU